GAGCAAAUGAAACUUUCAUUUUCUAUCAACGCGCUGUCUCUGAAGAUUUUUAGGAUCUAAGUAAGACCAACAUGUCUCUUGCCAUCAUGGUAGCUAUUUAUGUUGCAGUGAUACAAUUUGGAAGCAGUCAUGGUACUGUCCAGACGCUAAGAGCCCUAGGAAAGAUGAAGAUACAAGCUCUAAAUAUGAACGUUUCAAUUGACCAGGCUCAGCAGUUUUCCACAUUCUCCGGACGAUUUCGUGGCCCCUCUGAUUCUAUGUAUGGUCCCGUUUAUGACAUGUGUGAAGACGAUUUACAGUUGUUGAAGUUUGCAAAAGUGUAUGAUUCAGGAACCUUUUCGGAGUUUGAAGUAAUCCUGCGAUUACAAGUUUAUGGCGGAACUUGUUGGUUCUCCAUUAAUUCUGCAUCGGCGUCAGAAACAUACACACAAUUCUUAUUCCCUAGUCAUACAUUAGUACUAGAGGAGAAAUUUGGUCUACAGAAUAGAACUCAGACCGAAUUUAUGGAAUCCAGCUGCAAGAUUGAGGUAGAUAAAUCAAAACCAGAUCAAGACACCAUCCGGUAUACAGCUGCUGUUCAUGAAUGCGGACAAGAGACUGGCGUUCUUAAUACGGGAUAUUUUGACAUAUCGAUGAAUAACAAUGGAAAGACUAAGGAAGUUUCUGGAUUGUAUGUUGAAGCUGGCAGAAAGUAUUUUAACUACGUCUCUACUUCCGCCGAUUAUACAUUUGCAUCUGAGGAGAAUUCUUAUGCAAUUUUUAACGAGGGCAACAUGGCCGCCGAUGGGGUUAAAGUUGCUGGCUUUAAUUUCACGAUGAUGAUUCACGAAUUCACGAAGGCAGAUUAUUAUCCAGUCUCUGUGACUCGUAUGUGGAAAUUCACUAUCAUUUAACAAUAACUGUGUGUAGAAAAAUGCGCAAAAGCUAAUGUACAAACGUCAAUUCUUCACAAAUACAAAAUAAAGAUUCUUUUUUGAAAAUGUAUAUCAAAAUCGUAUUUUGUUUUGAUAAAAUUUUUGGUAAUUUCCCUCCAGGACCAAAUUGAUUACAAAAACCUUAUUUAUCAGUGGUGAUCACAAUGCCUAUA